CUCUACCGUGUUGUUGGCGUUAAAACAUUCGCGACGAACCCCCGACGAAAAUAUGUUGGAGUCCGGUUCUGUGCAGGGUUUAUGUACAACAGCUUGUUCUAUGGAGUUUCCGCAGUAGGAGAGAAACAAUCGGGCUAGAAGGUUGUGGUGUGGAGCGCGGAUCUAAAUUCAUUUGUAUUGCCAACAGAAACAGUUAAUUUACAUUAGGUUUUCGUAAAAAUUACGGGAGAUAUGAUGCUGAAAACGUUUAAUUUUUUGCUAUUUGUCAGUGCCAUACGGCCCGGUGUUUGCGACUACCUCAGGAAAUUGCAGGCGAAUCACAAGGCACAAGAUUUGAGUAAUCAAGAUUUGCAGUACGUGUCGAGCAUGUCGAACACAAAUCAUUUAGACGAAGUCCUCGACAACAUUCUAAUACCACGCGUUGUCGGCACAAAGAACCACCAAAAAGUUCAUGAUUACAUUAAAUCUGAUUUGCGACGGUUGAAUUGGACGGUGGAGGUGGACGAGUUCCAAGAUGCGACGCCCAAUUUCGGCGUCCUCACUUUCCGUAACAUCAUCGCCAAAUUGAAUCCGAAUGCCGAAAGAUAUUUGACUCUGGCCUGCCACUACGACAGCAAAUACUUCCCCAAUGACGAAUUCGUCGGUGCGACAGAUUCAGCGGUACCCUGCGCGAUGCUUCUGAACAUUGCUCAUUUGAUGCGCCGCGACCUGGAUGCCCAAAGAUCCAACGAACUGAGCCUUCAAUUGAUCUUCUUCGACGGCGAGGAGGCGUUCGAAAAUUGGGGACCGAAAGACUCGAUCUACGGAGCCAGACACUUGGCCGAAAUGUUCAACGAUGCUCGGUCCAUCAGCACGGUUGCGAACCAAGAGGUUACUAAUUUGCAGAAGAUAGAUAUGUUAGUCUUGCUCGAUCUGAUAGGGCAUAGGGAUGUUUCCUUCUACAGUUAUUUUCACGACACGCAACAAUGGUAUAUUCGUCUUGCAAAUUUAGAGGACAGACUGAGAAAAUUGAGACUGUUAAAAAAGACGGGAAAUCACGUCUAUUUCAAAAGGGCGGCACAUUGGGGCCGUAUCGAGGAUGAUCAUCUUCCAUUUUUGGAACGGGGUGUGCCGAUUUUGCAUUUGAUCUCGUCGCCAUUUCCACGUGAGUGGCACACUCCCAGGGAUAAUAGGGAUAUUGUGGACAUGAACGCAACUGAAAAUAUACAGAAAAUUCUCAUGGCAUUCGUGGUCGAGUACCUACAUAUAGCACUGGAGACUGAACGAGAUACGAAUAUAGAACGGGAAGAGUUAUGAUUUAACGAGAAGAAUGUACUAACCUGAAGAUUAACCACUAGGUUUGUGCCCAUUGUAUGAAUUUUGUUAAGUUUUAUUAAGUUUUUUAACUUAUAGGUAGUGCAAUUGACACGACCACGGUUUUUUUGUCUAGUCAAAAUUAAUGUUAUAAAUGCAUUCCACUACUUAACAGUUUUAAAGAUUUUGUUAGGAUGAAUAUUUUUAUAAGAUUCAAUAAAUGUUUAAAAAUAA